AUGGCGAAGUUGCUAAAUCUCAACAAUGAGCAACGGUCUGUCCUCGAGCAUUGGGAAGAUGGAUCGCACGUGGAUUUAGGAGCAUGUAUGGAGAAAAUCAUGUCGCCUUGGGACGGCACUUUCAAGACUCCACCGGAAAUAUCUCUGGACAGGGUUGACCGCCUGCUCGUCCAAACGGCCAGCAAAUCCCGUUUUUCGGACCCGGCCAUUCGAACUCAACGUGUCUUGGAUCUCGAUACAGAUGAGGAGCUCAAGUACAUGCUUCAGAGGCUCAGUUCCUGGGAGGCAAAGUGGCUCAUCCGCUUGCUUCUUCGAAGCUACUGCACUCUUCAGCUGGAUGAGACCUUUAUCUUCAAAGAGUACCAUUUCCUGCUCCCAGACCUGCUUCUAUUCCAGAACGACUUUGAUGCUGCAGUCCAACUUCUACGAGGCGACCUUAGCUGCUUUCCUCCGGUACCAAAUGCCAAAAAAGAAAGGGAUAUGCGUAUAGAAGCGUCCAAGAAACUCAAGGCUGUUGUUGGAACCAAGGUAGGGCGGCCUACCUUUCAUAAAGCCUGGUCCCUCAAAAACUGCUUUCAACUGACCGGCGACCGUGCAUGGGCGGCGGAGAUCAAGUACGAUGGCGAAUACUGUGAGAUCCACGUUGACCUGGAGAAGAGCGACAGUAUCAGGAUUUUCUCGAAGAACGGAAAGGACGCGACCAAGGAUCGUCAAGCGCUCCAUGACACUAUACGACGUGCGCUCCGUAUCGGGCGCCGUGAUUGCCCAAUCAAACGGAACUGCAUACUUCUUGGAGAGAUGGUCAUCUACAGCGAUAAAGAGCAGAUGAUCCUCCCUUUCUGCAAGAUCCGAAAGCACAUAAGUCGCUCUGAUUCUUUCCUGGGUACCUUGCAGGACUCAUUGCCCCACGAUUGGGAGCACCUCAUGAUCGUCUUCUUCGACAUCUUAGUGAUGGACGAUAAGCCCAUUCUGCGAGAAUGCUUUCAAAAACGAAGAGGUGUCCUUCGCGAGGUUGUGCAAUCCAUACCCGGGCGUGCCUGCCGUUCGGAGUGGUACCUGAUCGACUUCAAGACGGAGGAUGGCAAAACCGACUUGAAGCAGGCAUUCGCGAUGUCCCUUGCUCUGCGACAGGAGGGCUUGAUUCUCAAGCCUCUUCAUACGCCCUACUUCCCCUUGUUCUCCGAUGCGGGUCACCGUUAUCGAGGGUAUUUCAUCAAAUUGAAGGAGGACUAUUUGGCCGAUAUGGGCGGUCAGCGGGACCUGGGCGAUUUCGCUAUCAUUGGAGGAAGCUUCGAUCCUCAGGUUGCAGCGAAAAUGGAUAUGAAGCCAUUACACUGGACGCACUUCCAUGUCGGCUGCCUGACGAACAAAGUUGCGACAGAGCGGCUGAAUGCCAAACCAAACUUCAAGGUGGUGGCAACGGUAAGCAUAGACAAAUGUAUACCCAAAGCGGAAGCCCGAUAUCUCAACAUGCAAGGUCGCCUGCGCCAAAUCGCCAUCACCAAUGGUCGUAGUAGCGAGUUCUUUGAGGUGCAACAGUCUCUGGGAUACGGUCCGAAAAUGACGGUGCGUUUCAAGAGGCCGUUCGUGGCGGAGAUACUUGGUUGCGGGUACGAGCAGUUGCAAAACGAGACAUUCGAAAUGCUUCGUCAUCCGCGAGUCAACAAACUCCACCAUGACCGCACCUGGGAAGACACCGUCACAAUGGAAGACCUCGAACGCAUGGCCCGGGCUAAAUGGGACGUGCCGGACGCUGCUAAACUUGAUGGCCACGCUAAAGAUGUCGCUCUAUACGUAAAGAGGUAUAUUAAAGAGAUGGGCGGAUCCCAAGUCGCAACCACCCAGGGUAACGGGGUCAGGGCAUCGAGGAGUGCUCGCAUGUUGGUUAGGGAAGACACGUCCGAGAGAAUAGCUCGACUGAUCAGACCGAAGAAGCCUGGCCCGGAUGUCUCCCGUUGCAAACCAUCUGAGCUAUCACCAUUCCGCACGUCUCCAUCAGACAAACGCCGACUUAAUGAUGCUGUUGUUAGUCCGCCCUCAGUUAAGCGGAGAAGGGUGGCAACUCCUUUGAAGCACGCUGGGUCGAAAAUCAAUGUCGGCACGUUCGAGUGUGAUUCGCAAGAGAAGACGAUACAUGUGUAUGCAGAGGCGGGCUGGAAGGUUAAGGUGCAUGACAGUUGA